AUGGUCGACAUCGACGGUGGCGCCGCCUUUAUGAUCAUCGUCACCUACCAGACACUGCAGUGCAUUCUUCUGCUGAACAUCGUCAUCUCCAUCCUGCUCGAUGCCUUCCAGAUGGUCCAAACGCGUGACUCGGUGGUAGCGGCGGACACUCUUUGGCAGACGGUGAUGACUACCUUGGGACGAUGGCGGAUUCGUCUGACGCACAUGGGCUUUGCCUUNCGUGACUCGGUGGUAGCGGCGGACACUCUUUGGCAGACGGUGAUGACUACCUUGGGACGAUGGCGGAUUCGUCUGACGCACAUGGGCUUUGCCUUGGUCCACCGAUGUUCGUCUGGCACCCGACGUUCCAGCGAUCGCGGUGAUGAUGCCGGCACGACGGUAGUCAGGAACCCUAUGCAUGACAGGCACGGCGGGUGGAAGCUACGGCGACGACAUCAACGCACAGCACCUACAGGUGGUGGUGCUAGCGCUGCUGCUGCUGCUGCCGUGACUGGUGUGCCUGUUGCACCGCCGGGGAUAACCGGGUCGAGUUCCCGUGGUGCUCCGUCGCUUCCAACGUCCGAUAAGCGGAAGGUCAGCUCGAAGAACCGCGGCGGCGGCGCGACAAGGAGGGGGGGGCUUACUGGCGGACAGCGUUUGGCGAUGUCCCACAGGCACUACGAGCUUCAUGCGGCGGUGGAGGUGUUGAGGCGGUCACCCUUGCCAGAGGCCGCGGUGUGGAGGAAGAUGAGGCAGAUCAUCGGGGCAAGGUAA